UUACCCGCAAUUGUUAGCUACGCACUUCCGUUGUACCUUGUGUAUUUCCUGUCACGGUUGGUAGGAGGAAAAGAAGCAGGCAACAGAGACGUGUAUUUAUAGAGUUGGAAGAAGGCAUUUCAUCAUGAAGAAACAGGACACGGAAGAGUCGGCCACGCAGGGCAGUGACGCGGCUCCACCACCUGGCACUGGAGAGAUGGAGGGAAGCACAGCGGCAAAAGACGUUAGGGAUACUGUCAGCCCUAACGAGCCAGACAGACCUUCACAGAUUGAUGGGGCUGAAAGUUCAGUGGGUGAGGUGUCUGCCAUUCCCAACACAGCAGAGUCUGCAGCUCUCCCCGCGGUCCCACCUCUAGAAGAGCCUGCUUUCAUCCCAGUCUCUACUGUAGCAGACCCCGUCCCAGUCUCUACUGUAGCAGACCCCGUACCCGUCCCAGUCUCUACUAUAGCAGACCCCGUCCCAGUCUCUACUGUAGCAGACCCCGUACCCGUCUCUACUGCAGCAGAGGGGGUGUCGUCUCAGUGUGACAUGGCUGAGGAGCUGAGCCGCCAGCUGGAGGACAUCCUCAACACCUACUGCCUGGAGGACAACGGGGAAGACGGGGUUAACCUGCCCAACGGCCAAUCACACGGCCCUGUGCUCAACGGCCUGGCCAAUGAGAAGGAGCUGGACGUGAAGCCAGAGGAUGUCAAAGUGAACGCCUGCGGAGCGGAGAAGGAGAAGGCAAAGACUCAGGACAAGAAGAAGGUGAAGGGUCUGGGUAAAGAGAUCACCCUGCUGAUGCAGACCCUGAAUACUCUGAGUACACCAGAGGAGAAACUGGCAGGCCUCUGUAAGAAGUAUGCUGAUCUGCUGGAGGAGCAGCGGAACAGUCAGAAGCAAAUGCGGGUCCUACAGAAGAAACAGUCUCAGCUGGUGCAGGAGACAGACCACCUAAAGAAGGAACACAGCAAGGCUAUCCUGGCACGCAGCAAACUGGAGUCACUCUGUAGGGAGCUGCAGAGACACAACCGCACACUCAAGGAGGACGGGACACAGCGUGCACGCGUGGAGGAGGAGAAGAGGAAGGUGGUGACAUCACACUUCCAGGUGACUCUGAAUGACAUCCAGGCCCAGAUGGAGCAGCAUAAUGAGAGGAAUGCCAGUCUGAGGCUGGAGAACUCUGAGCUGGCAGAGAAGCUCAAGAAACUCAUCCAACAGUACGAACUACGAGAGGAGCACAUUGACAAGGUGUUCAAGCAUAAGGACCUGCAGCAACAGUUGGUGGAUGCGAAGCUACAACAGGCUCAGGAGCUGCUCCUGGAGUCUGAGGACCGCCAUCACAGAGAGAAGGACUUUCUGUUGAAGGAAGCGGUCGAGUCUCAGAGGAUGUGUGAGCUGAUGAAGCAGCAGGAAGUCCAUCUCAAACAACAGCUGUCCUUAUACACAGAGAAGUUUGAGGAGUUCCAGACUACUCUGUCCAAGAGCAAUGAGGUGUUCACCACUUUCAAACAAGAGAUGGAGAAGAUGACGAAGAAGAUCAAGAAGCUGGAGAAGGAGACGACCAUGUAUCGUUCCAGGUGGGAGAGCAGCAACAAGGCCCUGCUGAACAUGGCUGAGGAGAAAACUCUGCAGGACCGUGAGUUCGACAGCCUCCAAGGAAAGGUAGGGAAGUUGGAAAAGCUUUGCCGGGCGCUGCAGAACGAACGCAACGAACUCAGCAAGAAGGUUCAGGGCCCCGGGGACAACAGCCCAGGGGCUGAAUCCCCUUCCCUACCGCCCACAGACUCCCAGGAGCCUAGCCCAGACCCCGACACCACCACCACCCCUAGCUCCCCAAUACCCUGCUCCCACGGCUGCCACUGCGGCCCAGAGUUGGACACUGAGAACCAGGCCUGUGCAGCCACCCUCACUGCCCAGGAAUGAGACCUCUUUCCUGGGCAACACCGCUCAGUCUCCCCUUCACCAACCGAUUACCAACUACCAGCCUGCAAGCCAAGCCACUAUUUAUGUGGGAGUUAAGAGUGUGGGUCUGUAUGAUUUCCCCCAGAGUUAGAUAAAGUUGUAUCCUAACCACAGAUCUAGGAUCAGAUUCCCUUACGUCCAACUUAAAACCAAUAGGGCGGUGCAAGAACAUCUGACCCUGGAUCUGUGGUGAGUUAGCAGCUUCUACCUACUCUGGUGGCUCCUGGAGAGUUGAAGGUGAUGAUGAUGAUGAUGGUGGUGUCAGUCAGGGACGAUUAUUGGAGGUUCUUCAUCCUGCGUGUUUUGUUUUUUUGGUCUUUUUUAAAAAUGUCCUUUUGAGAACUCUAGUACACAAAUGUUCAUGGAAAUCACAGCUUUUAUGCGAGGCAAAGCAAGCUAAAAAAAGAGGCUUCAUCCCACAUGGCACCCAAUUCCCUAUAUAGUGCACUACUUUAGACCGGAACCCUACUCCCUAUAUAGUGCACUACUUUAGACCAGAGCCCUAUAGAAC